AUGUUCGGGCAUGUGAUGGGCUACGACAACGGCGCCUACCACAGAACGGUGGUGAGGUUCAACUUGGCCGAUUUCUCCACCAUCGAGGCGCGCGACUUUGCUUCAGAGGUGGGAAAUAUGCAUCACAUAACAGCGGGCGGCUUCGUGCACGGCGACGACAGCUACGUUGUCACGGCAGGCGGCAAGGUCAUCCGCUUCGACGCCCAGCCUGCCGCCCAGGCGACUCCGCCUCCGAGCCCGAGCCCGACGCCCGCCCUCGCGCCGCCCGGCGCGGGCGCGGGGGGCUCCGGGGCCUCCGCCGUCGGCGACCCGCAUCUGCAGAACGUUCACGGCGAGCGGUUCGACCUGAUAUGA